AACUCAGGCAGGAUCUUCAGUGAUACACUAUUACCCUUAUGUAUAAGUUAGUGAACUAGAUCAAAUACUUUCAAAGUUAAGACAACAUUUUGAAAACUUAAUUUUGGUUAAGAUUUCGAUAUUGAUUCCCCCAACUUGAUCUAAGAUCAUUGACCCUAAAUGACCUUUGACCUUCAUCAUGUAACCUGAACUCAAGCAGAAUAUUCAAUAAUACUUGAUUACUCUUAUGUCUAAGUUUUAUGAUCUAGGUCCACAUACUUUUAAAGUUAUGACAUUUCAAAAACUUAACCUUGGUUAAGAUUUCAAUGUUGACACAACCGCCAUCUGAAAAGGGGAGCCUAGAGUCUCGCUCUGCUAUGCAGGCGAGACAAAAAUGAGAAUAUCUCAAAAAGUAAAUUUUCUCCUUUCAUGUGUUGAAAUUUAAAGUUGUAAAGUAAAAUUCUUGAGUGAACCCCAAACUUCAAACCUUGUUUUCUUCAUAUUCUUUAAACCUCUCACUAAAUUUCUUCUACAUUCAAUCAAAUACUUGUGCAGGUUAUUGUUGAUCAAUAUUGACAAGCUACACAUUUUAAAGCUUAUGAUGCACUUUAUCACGCUCAAUAAAAUGUUUUUAAAUAAUCAUUCUGAGUGAUUUAUUGUUGCUUUUGGUGUGGUAGGUCACAUUUACCAAUUUCCGGUCAGGAAUUCUACAAUGAUCUCUAAAUACCACAUAUUUGCUGAUAUGAAAGCAAAUUAUUCCUUAAUACCUCAGGAAAAAUAUAAUGGCAUGUUAGUACUAUUCAAAUUCUGAGGUUUCUGCGAGUGAAAGCACAUUACAAGAGCUUGUCAUGUGAGACAUAAAGAAUGUGCAUUGAUUGUAUAGAAAUGUUAGAGGUUUGAUGCUUGCUAUGUAUUCAAUUAUAGACACUUUACCAGGUUCGGAUUGGUGUUUAUACAAAAUAAGGCACCUGAAGGGUGUUUCCAUUUACUGACAACCCUUUUCCCUCAUUCACUGUUGUACACAUGAUGAAUAUUCAUAAAAAUGGUGACACUGUACCAGGGUCUUGCCCUCGCAUUGUACCAGCCCUGCCAGAUCAGGGUCGGCAAAGGCAGGCGCCAUAGUCCACCCAGCAACCUGGCUGGUUAAUUCAUGCUCCCUAAAACCUAGUAUCAAGUCAUAGGUAUGUUGGAGUAAGUGGCUCAUUUCACAAUAUCGAUAAAGCAGAAUUAUUCUCCUUACUAUUAUUGUUAUUAUUAAAGAUCUACUCAUCAGGCCAAAUAGACAAAAUUUCGCUGCUGACUUACUCAUAAAUUCCCUUCUUGUUAUUAUCACUAGCACAUGUGUGUUUAUGCCCACAAAGCAAGCAACGACCAGUCACUCCCCAAAACUUGGUUAUAAUGAGAACAAAUAUUCGUCAGAUUCAUACCAUUUAAAUAUCCCAGGAUCGAAAACCACACCUCAGACAUCAUUUAUUACCCAUUUCCAAAUUUUCUCACUAAAAGAUAAAAGAGAAUGAUUAUUUUUGAAAAGGUUUGUUUUCUUCACGCAGUGAAAAAGGGGAAAUCAGCGAUACAAAAAUGUUGAUGGCUCAUGGAUAUUCAUUAGCAAUAAAAGCCAAUCACAGAAAGGGAAUUUGGCCACGCCUCUUUUUGAAGGAAAAUACAUGAGACACUAAUGAAUAUUCACUACCUGUACAAAAGUGAAUGGGGAAGGGGUGUCAGUAAAUGGAAACACCUGCACCUGAACGACAUCUUUUCUGCAGGAAUCCUGCAAGCAGCUUGUUAAUACAAAUCAAAGCAGGAUUUGAACUAAACGACCAGCUCAUCAGUUCCCUCAAGGACUGAGCAACUUGUAUGAUUUAUAGGUAUUGUUCCAAUCAAUACAAUGUUAAUCUUAAUAAUCUUAAUAUUGCCUUAUAUUUUCAAUCUUAUCUGCAGUUAUAACUGACAGCUGUUUUGGCAGACCAGAUAUGGAGACACCACCAGCCCUUGACAAUUUCCUAAUGGAAAAUGGGACCAAAAAUGGAACACAGCAAGUCAUUUCAAUUUAUGAGGAGUAUGGAUACUUCAAUGUUAUUAUUGUUUCAACACUAUUUUCAGUGAUUGCUUUUGUAGGACUUACAGGAAAUACAAUGGUCGUCAUUGCUGUUGCUUUAUCUUGUAAACUCCAAAACAUAACUAAUGCCUUUAUUGUCAACCUGAGCAUUUGUGAUUUUAUAACAUGCGUUCUCCUGCCUUUCCAAGCGGCUGCUGUGAUAUCACAGGAUGGAUGGCCUCUUUCAGAUUGGGUCUGUUAUGUCAUAGCAUCUCUGGUUAUUAUCACUCCUUCAACUAGUAUCUUGAACCUGGUUAUGAUAAGUCUGAAUAGAUACAUAUUGAUCACCAAGCCUCGAAAGCUCUACAUGAAGGUGUAUACCCAUCACAAUGUUGCCUGGAUGAUUGCCUUGACAUGGCUCUUUCCAUUCUUUGUCCUUCUCAUGCCUCAAUUCUUUUUGGGUGGCUUGGGUUAUCGGCCAAAAUUCAAGUUCUGCCUCUGGAACUCUGAGCAUGAAGAUGCUCACAUUUUCCAGGCAUCUGGUACACUCACUUUUGUUGUCUCCACUGUUCUAAUAAUUUUCUCCUAUGCCUCCAUCUUCCUCUUUGUCCGAAAACACAUGCACGUUAUGGCCAAAAAAGAGAGUGAUGACAGAGCAUCAGUGAAAAUCAAUGAGAGAGCUCACGAUAAUAAUGAAGUCAAAUCAUAUACAUCGACUAAAAAGGAGACCAUCAGUAAGAAACAAAUUGAGAUCACUAAGAACCUCUGUGUAGUAGUUGUCACAUUCUUCAUCUGCACCUUGCCUUACUCAAUUCACCUUCCAACAAAAAUAUACGAUAUGCGGGGCACCUACUUGGGGACGUUAAUGGUGUUCAAUGCUUCCAUAAAUCCCAUUCUUUAUGCAGCAAAGCAUCCACAUUUCAAGAUCAUCUUCCGUUGCAUGUUCCAAUGCAAAUACUCAGACAUUCCAGCACCAUCCAGGAGACUGAGGAAAAUUUUGAAUGAUAUGUAAUCAUCAUCAGCUUUCAACAGCUCUGAUGGAAAUGUGACUGAGUGAGAUAGAUCAAGGACAAAACUGAUAUGUGUAUUUUAAUUACAAGAGACUCACAUACAGUUUCAGAAUAGUUGAAACAUAUGCCCAUUAAUUUACUGGUCUUCCAACUACAUUCUAUAUAAAUGCCAAGGAAUUAAGUUGACUUGAUUUUUUUUAUCCCUAUAUAGGCCAGGGUAUUUUGGGAGUUCAUAUGGCCGAGGGGGCCUUGAGAUCUCCACCGUCGACCGCGCGGUCGCGACGAAAAUUGGGACGCAGGUUGUCUGGGAUAUAAUCUACAAAAUUGUAUAGUAUUUUAUUUCAUGCGAAUUGUUAUUAAGUAAUUAUGCUAGUUUAUGCAUAAUUAGUAUAAGAAAUCAUACUUUUUCUUCUAACUCCAUAAAUAAUGCUCCAAAUGUUCUAAUUUUUGGCAUAGAAACUCUUUAUGGUGUUUUUAGCAAGUUAACAUGAAGAAAAAUUGUGACAUCAGAUUAAUUUCUUAUGUAUUAUAUUGUUUUUUGCAAUUUCUUAUGUCUUUCUUUUUUUUCUUUUUUUAUUCAAUGAAAUUCGUUCGGGACUCUUCUAAGAUCCUAAACAGCAAAAAAUACAUACUUUUAGACCAAUAAAACUAAAAAUAAUGAUACAUUUAUGAUUUUUGGUUGAAAAUGCAAUUUACAUU